CGGGGAGGCGUGGCGGGGCCGGGCGGGGCCGGACGGCCGACUCCGGGAGUCCAGCCCGGCGCACCCGGGCCUCUCCUCUCCGCCCGGGUCGGCUGCCGACGGGACGCCCUCGGGCCGAGGCUGCAUGGGGCUCCAGCGUGGCCGGCUCUUCUGGCCGCUGCUCCUGCUCGCGGCUGCCUGCUCCGGGAUCCUGGUCGCCCUGUACUCGACGGUGGAGUUGCACCUGGGGCCCCGCACCGGAGCCAGGAACACUACGUCAUCGUCGCGAGCUUUCUUUGGACACAAGGCAUCGAAUUCUAGGACAAGAAAGAACCUGCUCUGUCAACAUGCACUUUCCCUCGCCGUUCAGCGGCACCCUCGCUUCCAGAAUCUGUUUAACUUCUCCACUCCAGUGCUGCUGUCGGGGGACCUCUUCACCCAGCAGCUCUGGGACAGCCUGAGCCAGCACAAAGCCCCCUACGGCUGGCAGGGGCUCUCCCACCAAGCCAUCACCUCCACCCUUAACCUCCUGAACGGCUCGGAGAGCACAAGGCUGUUCGCCGUCUCUAGGGAGCUGCUUCCUGGCUGCAUCCGGUGUGCCGUGGUGGGUAACGGAGGCAUUCUGAAUGGCUCCCGCCAGGGUCAGAACAUUGAUGCCCAUGACUACGUGUUCAGACUCAAUGGUGCGGUGAUCAAAGGCUUCGAGAAUGACGUGGGCACCAAGAUCUCCUUCUACGGUUUCACCGUGAACACAAUGAAGAACUCCCUCAUCUCCUACUCGAACGUGGGCUUCACCUCUGUGCCGCAGGGACAGCACCUGCGCUAUAUCUUCAUCCCCUCGGACAUACGUGACUACAUGAUGCUGAGAUCCGCCAUCCUGGGUGUGCCUGUCCCGGAGGGCACCGAUAAAGGAGACAGCCCCGCCCCUACCGGUCCAUCCACCGCCACCGCCCCAGCGCCUUUCACCUCUCCUCGCUCCACGACGGCUCUGGCCGCUCCGUUCACUUCUAUCGUGGGUCCUAGGCCUCAGACCUAUUUUGGACCGGACUCCUCUGCCAGCAAAUUCAAGCUACUCCAUCCAGACUUCAUCAGCUACCUGAGAGAGAGGUUUUUGAAAUCAAAGUUGAUUAACACAAAAUUUGGAGACCUAUACAUGCCUAGUACUGGGGCCCUCAUGUUGCUGACAGCUUUGCAUACCUGUGACCAGGUUAGCGCCUAUGGAUUCAUCACCAGCAACUACCAGAAAUUUUCUGACCACUAUUUCGAUCGAAUGAAGAAGCCACUGAUAUUCUAUGCAAACCACGACCUGUCCCUGGAAGCCACCCUUUGGAGGGACCUGCACAAGGCUGGCAUCCUUUGGUUGUACCAGCGGUGACCCAGAAACAUCCAAGACCUUUAUUUUUGCAGAGCUGUGGCCCUCGGCCCCUCAAGUAACUAAAGCUACCUUCCUGUGCGUUCUAUCCUUGACACACACCUUCCCCCUUCCCUAUAGAAGAGAGGGGAUGUGUCAGUCACUGAAGAAUGCUUUGUGGGAAACCCUACCUUGUUCUUAGCUCACCAAAGGAGACUCCUCUGGGCCCAGGGAGACAACCCAACCUUGGUCGAGGAAAAAGACUGCUCUGCUGGGCUCAUCUUGAAAACUGAAGGGAACGCUCUCAAGAUGAGACUGACAGCGGGAGCAUGCAGGGAUCCUUCAGAGCUGAGCAUUUCCAAGCCAGCAGUGGUACGGACUGACUAGGUCAGUGGAGUGGCUCAGGGCCUCUCAAUUAACGAAGGUCAAGCAGCAGUAGAAACAAAUGCACUUUUCAGCCCAAAUCCUCCCACUAGCAUGUCCAGCCUCAGACUCCAAAGCAGUUCACCUCAAGGACAUGUUGCAACAGGUUUAUCUUCGAAAGGGAACGGACUCACUUCUGCCCCCUGAUAAAGUGGGAGCUCAGAGGGCAGAAAGUCAUCUGAAAUUAGUUAACUGCAUAAACAAUGGAUAACCACUG